AGUUAUACCUACCAAUGGCAAUGGUCAGCUUAAUUUACUACUUGUUUAUUUAUUUUGCAAUUUUUGUAAUCUUCAUCUCGACUAUUGCAAUAGUCUAUUCAUUAGUAUCGCCGAGUUUAACUUCAACUAAAUUUGAAUAUAAAGAUAGAUCCUAUUUAGUGUUCGCCUACCUAAGAGCAUUAAUAACUAGCUUUUCUAAAUCUCAAGGUCUUUUAACAAGGUAAAUUUUUAUUUGUAUAAAUUUAAAUAAAAUAUAGUACUUAAACCAUUAGUUAAAUCAAUAUAAAGCAUAUAGUUUUACACAGAAAGUUCGAUAAUGAGAUCAAGAAUAGAUGUAGAACAAGUCGAAAAGUAUCGAGUUGUAUGCGGCUAUGAAUGUGUAAUGAAUAAAGGAAUACCAUCAUGCUUCAUGGAACACUACUUCAACUUGCCGAUCAUUUUAGCCAUUACUAGGAAUGACUUUCCAUUAAGUCCUUUAGGUUUAAUUCAUAUAAAACAGAAAAUUAAACAGCUAAUUGAUUUGGAUUAUUUGAAAAGGAGAUCGUUCAAUUGCGAAGUAAUUGUUAAAGAACUUCAGCCAGUUGAAAAGGGUGUUGAAGUUACUAUUCAUAUGAAGGUUGUUGCGAAUAACUCUUUGAUAUGGACGGGAGAGUUAACCCUUUUAUCUAGGAAUAAGAGAGUUAUUCAAAAGAAUUAUAGACGAACGGCAGAAGUCAAUAACAGAUUGAAUCAAGAAUUAUCAGAUGAAACAGUAACUGUAAACCUCUCGAAAAAUCUUGGAUUAUCCUACGCCAAAGUGAGUGGGGACUUUAAUCCCCAUCACUUGUGGCCAUUUACGUCAAAGCUCUUGGGGUAUAAAAAGCCGAUAGCUCAUGGAAUGUGGACUCUAAGUAAAGCUAUUGCGAUUGUAUGCGAAGAAGACAAACAGACAAACUUGAAUAAACAACACGAAAUUGUUGCAACAUUUAAGAGGCCAGCAUUUUUACCAGGCACCUGUAAGUUCGAGUAUACAAAACAGUAUACCUCUGACAAAAGAUUAUUCGAAAUAAGAGUCAGCGACGCAAAAACUGGAAUACCACAUUUACAAGCUUCUCUAACCAUAUAA